AUGAGCCUUGAGGCCCCAUCCACACUCCUGGGACUGUCAAUGAAAAGUCUGCUGAGCCAUGAGGCCUUGGCCAUCUCAGUUCUGCAGAAGCUGCCCGGGGAGCUCUUCCCGUCCCUGUUCAAGGAGGCCUUCAACAGCAGACAUAUGAAGAUACUGACAGUGAUGGUGGCAGAAUGGCCCUUCUCCUGCCUCCCUGUUGGGGCACUGAUGCAGGACACUGAUGUGGUGAUAUUACAAGCUGUGCUGGAUGGUGUUGACAUGCUGUUGAAACAGCAGGUUCACCUGAGAAGGUCGAAGCUUGAAGUCCUGGACCUGAGGAAAGUGCGUCAUGUCUUCUGGGAUGUAUGGCCUGGCAUAGAAUGUGGAGAGAGCUCUACAGGGACCUUGAGUAAGGAGCAAAAGGAGAAUGACCUACCCAGAUAUGCCCUGAGGCAGCGUUUGAAGGUGGUCACUGAUUUUUUCUUAAAAGUUGCUCUGGAUAAUGAGCAAGCAUACUUGUUGCAGUGGGCUCAGCAGCAACAAGGUACUGUGCGACUGUGCUGUCCGAAGAUGAUAAUCUGUGAUGCUUCUGAGCAGGUUUUCAUGAUGGUUUUGAAUACUUUCAAGCCAUACUACAUUGAGGAAUUGCAUUUAUCCAUAUGCUGGACUCCAAGAGUGCUGAGUCGUUUUACACAUUGCUUUGUCCAGAUGAGAAAGUUGCACAAACUCCAUCUAGCACGCAUUUCAGUUCACACCAACAAUGCUCUAUAUACCUUUGAAGAUACAGAGAAGCAUAUUACAUGCUUCUUUGCUCAAAUCUCCAAACUCAAAUGUCUCCAGGAGCUCAUCGUCAAUGAUUCCUACUUUUCCAGUGAGCACAUGAAGCAGUUGUUCAGAUGCCUGAAGACCCCCUUGGAGUCUCUGUCCAUCAAACUGCACAAGUUCCCACCUUCAGACUUGAAGCACCUGUCUCAGUGUCAGGGGAUUUUUCAGCUAAAACACCUGACCCUCUUUAGUGCUUCGUUAUUCAACUUAUGUCCCACAGCUCUGCAAGUUCUCCUCAAGAGAGUAUCAGACACUCUGCAAACUCUGCAGAUAAGCAACUGCUGUAUCAGAGACUCUGAACAUGGUACUCUCCUGCCUGCCCUGAGCCAGUGCCUCCAGCUAACACGUGUAUAUUUCUAUGACACUGUCAUUUCCUUAUCUGCCCUGAAGGACCUUCUGCAAAGCUUGGCCAAUCUAAGCAAGAUAACUGAGGAGCAUUACCCUGCCCCACUGGAGUGCUAUGAUGACCGGGGUCAUGUCGUAGUCAACAAAUUUGCAAAUGUGUGUCUCGAUCUUCUGAAUAUACUCAGAGUCAAAAGACAGCCCAAAGUUGUCGUCUUUGCCACAAAAGAUUGCCGCAAAUGUCGCCAGCGCUGUGUCUUUGAUGGGAAGACCAGACUUUGUCGUUGUCAUAAACAGGAAUUGGUUAAACCAAGAAACUGA